AAACAACGGCCUCCUUUUGUUCUGCCCCCUUCUUCUCGCAAACACAGACUCACUGAAGAUCGAAUUUCGAUACAAAGCCUCAAUCGGUAAGUUGCGCUUGGCUGUUCUUUUCCUUGGGCCUCAGCGGCCUCAAACGAAGUUUUUCUCUGUGGGAGCUCCAGGCGCACAGACGCCGUGACGGCUCCUCUCAGUGACUGGCGACGUUGCUCCAGCCUCUUUUCUCACGCAAAACUGCUCUGAAGUUGCCAGCUGGAACUUGUCCAUCCGCCCCGUCUUUUUUCCUCGACUGUCUUGUGCUGGAGCCUUUCCCAUCCGCAUCAGAAGCUCGAGCAGACUUUGACUUCGUCUGGCCCAAGUCUCUAUCUUGCAUCCUGUCGUCGACGCUUCGCUGACCGCCUUGAACGAAGACAGACAGCUCCAAACUCUCUUCGUGUUACUUUGACAGCAACAUCACCUUACGCACAUCCCCGUCAUGGCUGGCCCUCCACCCCAGACAGGUACGCUGCAGGAGCGACUGAUGCGUCUGGCACAGACUCUGCAGUUUGCCUGGUUUGCCGGUCACGUCACUCUGCUCUUCAGCGCUCUACGAUACGGUCUCUCUUACAUCUUCUUCAACUACUAUUCUCGAAUGGCUCGCUUCUCCUACCGGCUCGCAUUCAUAUCUGCCUGUAUCACGUACGGAAUAGUCGUCUACAAGGGCGUGCGUGCGAAGCAAAAGACGGGCAAGCCCAUCAGCCCACUUUCGAUGUUGGGCGAUGAGAAUGUACAGUAUCUGCUCAUGGCAUUGGUCUGGCUCUUUUCUCGCCAGAUCCCGCUCGCCAUUUUGCCCUUUACCGUGUACUCGCUCUUCCACGUUCUGACGUACACUCGGGCUAAUCUCCUCCCGACCAUUGCUCCGACCCCAGAUGGCAGGCCCAAGGCAUCUGGUCUGAGUGACACGAUUGGCAAGUUUGUCAAGGAUUACUAUGACCAGUCAAUGACCAUCGUUGCCGCACUGGAAAUCGCUCUUUGGUUCCGUCUGUUCCUCUCGGCUCUCAUGUUCCAGAAGGGCUCAUGGAUCCUACUGGUUAUCUACACUGCGUUCUUCCGCGCGAGACAUGCCCAGAGCAGCUUCGUUCAGGGCGCUGUGACCAACCUGACUGCCCGCGCCGAUGCACAGUUUGCUAACCAGUCGAUGAACCCUGCUGUACGACAGGGCUGGGAAACUGUCAAGAGCGUUGUCAAGCAGGCUCAUGAUGCUACUGAUCUCCGCAAGUACCUCGGCAGUGAACCAGGCGCUGGUCCAAAGAAAGCACAGUAAUUGCGUGCGUUUCAAGAGACCGAAACCGACAAGAAAGUCAUUAUCCAGGACUAAUUUGGUAGUAAGAAGAAGACAUCAAUAGUCUGCCGAAUUCGCGUGCCAGUUGAUCGGGAGGCUGUGACUAAGGACGUUCUUAUCCGAAACAGCCUCCGCUUGCGGCAUGAGCAGGCGCGCUGUAUGAUGGAAACGGAUGGUGAGCGGGGGUUGUGUACCUAGAAAUCGGCUGGUUGAUUGCAGAGCGCCAUGGGACAGGUGUUGGAGCUUUGGUGUCGUUGCUUGUAGUGUGUAUUCAGUAUCUUCAGGAUCAUGUUCUUCUCUCGCUCUUUUCGCAAGAGACGGCCGAACUUUCGUAGACGCAGUUCACCACAAUCUGACGCGGUCGCCCACAAGCUCGUAUUGUGAUGCAAGCUCCGAUGCCUAGUCGUUUCUGGCAAAGAUGCGAGUAGAAUAAGAAUUCAGUUUGAAUUCGCAAGCGUUGAUAAGGGCAAAGAACCAUGAGGUCAUGAUCAGGCCUUACCAUCAACACCGCACAUCAACUCUGCGAAGACCAUAUUUCAUGUGA